AUGCGGCCCUGGCAAUGGGCAACGCUGGCAGGGAGGGCAGUGACCGCUGUGGGUGUUAGCCGCGGCUUCUUCGGGAGCCGGCUGCGUUCUGCUGCCCGGGAUGCUUAUACGGUCAUGGGCUUGGACCGGCGUGCUUCGCAGCAAGAGGUCAAGCAGCGCUUCCGCGUCCUCGCGAAGCAAUACCACCCAGACCUGAACACGGGAGACCGCACGGCCUCCCUGAAGAUGGCUGAGCUUACAAGCGCCUACGACACUCUCAUGGACCCCAAGCGUCGGGCUGCGCUAGAUCAGGCCACAGCCGGCACCUCAGCCGGCGCGGGUCCAGGCUCCAGCUACACCGGGGGUUUUCCCUACGAUGACAGCGACGGCUGGGUGUCGCCCUCACAGAUGUUCUCGGAGUUUUCAGACCUCUUCGGCCGCAACUCCCAGUUCCGACCCAACAUGGAUGCCUCUGCAGCGGUCAGGGGUGAGGACGUCAGCACCCAGCUGGACGUGACCUUCCUGGAGGCUGCUCAGGGCUGCGAGAAGCAGGUCUCUCUGAGAUUGAAACAGGUCUGCCCCGACUGCCGCGGCUCCGGGGCCCGCGAGGGCACAAGCUGGUCCAAGUGCCGCGUGUGCAAGGGCUCUGGAGUUCAUCGGCAGGAGAAAGGCAUCUUCAGCAUGGGCCUCCCCUGCCAGAGGUGUCGCGGUAGCGGUAUGGUUUUGGACCAUCCCUGCCGCGGCUGCCGCGGCGAGAGCACGAAGAUGAUGACUCGGGACAUCCGCAUCAAUGUCCCUGCAGGGGUCCGCAAUCUCAUGGAGCUGCGUGUCCCUGGUGCUGGACAUGCAGGCAGCCGUGGUGGGAAGGCAGGACACCUCUUCGUGCAAGUGAAGGUGCUGCCGCAUGAGAGGUUCAGGCAGGUGGACGACGACGUUCACCUUGACGUGCCUCUGACGUUGCGUGAAGCGCUGCUGGGAGCCGAGGUCUCCAUCCCCAACCUGGAGGGCAGCACGGAGCGUCUCAUAAUUCAGGCACCGGCGCAGCCCGGCACCACAAAGGUUCUUCGGGGUCGCGGGCCCCCGAAGGCGGGGAACCAGGGUCGCGGACACUUGGUUCUGCAUUUCCUCCUGCAUCUUCCACGGAGCCUCAGCCCGCGGCAGGUGGAACUGAUUGAAGAGUUCGACAGCCUGGCGGCGGAGAUACCGCCAGGUCGCAGCACAAGGACAGCCAAGAACUCCGCUCGUGCGCACCUCUCGGCCUCGGCACUGGCCUCGCGGGAGUCCAGCACAACCUCGCAGGGAGGCGCGGCCCGUGGAGAGGACUCCACGAACGCCAGCAACCGAGCCUGGAGCGACUCCACGCCGCAGGAUGGCAAGGAGCUGGACGUCAUUGCCAAAACUCGGCAGCGAGUGCGCGAGGUCAAGGAGCGCGAGCGCCUGGAGCGCUUGCGAGAGGAGGAGGAAAAGGAGCAGCGAAAGAAGGACGCACAGGUGCAGCAUGAGGAGCGCAUGAAGCGCCAAGAGCACGAGAAGCGGCAGAGGCUACUUGAAAGGAGGGUGGAGCAAGAAUCCAAAAUGGUCAAAGAAGCCGAAGACAAAAGACACGACGAGGAGCGCCGACGACAGCAGGAAGAGAGAGCUAAGUCCCUCCAGCGGCAGAUGCAGGCACGGAUCAAGGCCGAGAAAGACCGGGCUGCCAAAGAAAAGAGAGAGCUGGAGCAGCAUGAAAAGGAAGAGCGGCGCCGGGCUGAAGAAGAGGCUGCCAAGAAGGCGGCAGAGGCAACGGAAGCCGCCAAGAGAAGGUUAGCGGAGCGGAAGAAGCAGCAGGACAAGCUGAGAAAAGACGACGAGGAGGCAUCCCAGAGAGGCGAGAGCCGCGGGCGCGACGAGAGCGUGGAGGCUUUGCGCCGCAAGGCAGAGGAGCGAGUGCGAUACCGCUCCCAGGAGCGACGCCGUGAGGAGCAGGAUCUGCGAGCACGCGAGGCUCUGAAGAAGUGCGAGGUUGAGGAGGAGCUGCGGGCAGCCAAAGAAGAGCUGGAGGCGCGACGCCGAUCGGCAGCACAGCGCGCAGCCUCGCACCAACGAAGGGAGAAGGAGGUGGAGGAGCGUGCGCGCCUGGAGCGCGAGGAGCACAGUGCUGCGGCCAAGGAGCGGCUCCAGCUGUACCGGAACCCGCGGGCCAUCGCCGAGCUGAAGGCUUCAGAGGCACCCAUGCCGCUAACGCACGAGCAGCGGCGCUCGGCCUCGCGACGCCGGCACGCCGAACAGGAGAAGCUGCGCCGCUAUGCGGACGGCAUGCCUGUAGAGUCUGAGGACAGCGGGAGGCCCCCGCCACUGCCAGGCGCCCCGGGCCCCGGUGCCCGCGUGCGGCGAAGCAGCCGCAAACCGGAGAAGGAGAAGGCGGAGCGGGGCCGGCUUUCGCCUUCCAGCUCGCUGCAAACGGGCUGCUCAGAGACGGAGUCUGCCCUGGAACCCCUGGAGGAGCCGCCGCAGACACCGGAGGCCCCGGUGGAGAUUCCAGUGAAGACCCCAGCGGAGGUGCCCCUGGAGGCGCAAACGCCGCCUGUGCCAGCGGACGAGGCCAAGGAAUCCAAGGAGUCGGAGGCCAUUGAGGAGCGGGCCGUGAGUUGUGGGAUAAGCGGAGGAAAGGUGGGCGAAGUCCAGGUGCCGCCAGAAGAGCUGGUGCAACCGGCGGAAGAUCUGCUGGAACCUCUGGAGCCUGAGGAUUUGGAGGAGAUCGAAGUUGAGUCCAACCUGAGCAUAAGCUUGCACAUUAAGAUUUGA